AUGACGUUUCACACGGGACACAUUCCUGUGCCAUACUGCAGCCACAUAAUUUACGCCUCUUUGGGAGUUGGGGAAGAUUUCCGGCUCGUGGCGAAAGACCACUUGUUUGACGUCGAGCGAGGUGGCUUUAUCAAGUUUGCGAGGCUCAAGAGCCGCUACAGGCACGUGAGGGUGAUGGCGGCCAUCGGCGAGGACAUAAGCGACUCCAACGCCUUCCGUCACAUGUCCAAGAACAGGGCAGAUGUCGUAGCAUUUGCGCGGAACGUUGAGUCGUGGCUCCGCGAGUACGAGUACGACGGCGCCGUGCUCCAGUGGAAGAUGCAGCGGCAAGACGACACUGGCGGCAGGGCUUCGUUGUUCAGGAAGAAGCUGCUGGUCGUCGUUGGAGUCCUUCGCGAAACCUUGGACGCCAGGUCGGAGUUGUUCGUGGCCCUGCCGAGCAACGAGGAGAUUCGUCAGGCGUACUUCAACGUCGCCGAACUGGCCCGUUACGUGGACCGGUUCCUUGCAAUCAGCAACUGGGUGUUGCGUGAUGACGGGGACACUGACGGAGGGGCCAAGCUCACCUCGUUUCCGGACCCUCUCAACGACGUCCUGCAGACGCGCCACUCCCUUGUCGGAGCGGGCAACUUGCUGCUGUUCCGCAAAUUCUGCUUCGUCUUGUCAGUCAGCGCCCGAAGCUACACGCUCCUCAACCCGGGUCGCCACGAGAUUCACGCCGCCGCGUUGGGGCCUGGCAAGCCCGGACCGUUCACCCGGCAGCCCGGCGUGCUGGCCUACUACGAGUUCUGCAACGAGACGUGGCCCACCGCGGAGAAAGGCACUUUCGCCUCGUACGUGGCGCGCGACGAUCAGUGGGUCGGCUACCUGGACGUCAGCAACGUGCAGCGCCUGCUGCGUAUGGCGCUCUACAAGCACCGCGCGGCCUGCCUUGGCAUCUGGGACGUGUCGCUGGAUGACUUCCGAGGGAUCUGCGGCGACGCAUUUCCUUACGUCAAAGCCAUCUCGGGAUGGCACGACAAAGAGUGGAAGCGUCGUCGUCGCGAAUUCGGGUCCGGCCGUAAUAAAUGA